AUGUCUGCCCACCAGCAGAAGGCUUUGGAUGGCCCUUUUAUGUUGGCGUUUGGCACUGGUUCAACAUGGCGAAAGGAGGAUCCAGACGCUCUCGACACCGGUCUGAUCGAGGUUGUGAAGGAGGCUCUGGAAUCGGGCUACCGCCACCUUGACACGGCUGAGCUCUAUAACACGGAGAAGGAAGUUGGAGAUGCAAUAAAGCAAUCUGGAGUGCCUGCCUCAGAGAUUUACAUUACCGGGAAAGUUUUCACUAUGUCGGACAUUCCAGGAGCAUUUGAUCGGUCUUUGAAACGAUUAGGUGUUGAUUAUUUGGACCUGUAUUUGCUUCAUUACCCUUACUUUGCCAAAUCCAAGACAGAUCUUCAGGUGGCUUGGGCCGAGCUCGAAGCUAUAUACGACUCCGGGAAAGUUGGCGCCAUAGGUGUCUCGAACUUCACCGGGGACCACAUUGAGUCGAUAUUGGAAACUGCAAGGAUAAGACCGGCGUGCAACCAGAUCGAAUUGAACCCAUACCUCCCACGGAUCGAGCUGCAGGAGUACCACAAGAAACAAGGCAUACAGACGUUUGCUUUCUCACCGUUAUCACCAAUAGUGAGAGCGAGUCCGGGGCCACUUGACAGUGAAUUGCUGUCCAUUGCAAAGAAACAUGGAAUUAGUACAGCUGUUGUGUUGAUACGAUGGGCGUUACAGCAAGAUAUUGCAGUGGUGACAACUUCAACCGACAAAGCUCGCAUGAAAGAUCAUCUGCUCGCUCUGAAUGCAUCAUUGUCAGAGGAAGAAGUAGCACUGAUCAGCAGGGUAGGUGCACAGAAACAUUUCAGGGGUCGCUGGAACAAUAUCUUUGCUGCAGACGAUCGGAGCUGA